CCGCGGGGUCCGGCUGCACGCACAGUUACGUGUAUAAAGUUUACCAAAAAAGUUAUGAAAAUACUAAAAACUAUGUGUCGAAACAUUUUCGAGUAUCGCAGGAGACUGCUCUGCCUUCAUCCACCCGAAAUACCAGCCAAUUACCGCUGCUUUUCGGCAGAUAGCAAAAGCGCUUUACGGUUACUCUUCUUCGGCACCGACCACUUUUCGCUGCCCAGCUUACGGAUACUCAAUGAGAACCGGAAAGCAACUAAUGGAACUGUUCGCUCACUUGAAGUGGUCACCUCGUUCAAGGCAAAGAAAAAUCCCCUUAAACAGUACGCCCAAGCCGAAGGACUCCGACUGCAUGAUUGGCCUCUUCGGUACUCAAACGUGCAACAGGAUUUCGAUCUCGGUAUUGUUGUAUCAUUUGGACACCUGAUACCAGAGGCUUUGAUCUCUGCAUUUCGAUUAGGAAUGCUUAAUGUGCACGCUAGUCUACUGCCAAAGUUACGAGGUGCGGCACCGAUUGUUCAUGCCAUUCGCAACGGUGACCGUCAAACAGGCGUCACAAUAAUGAAAAUCAAACCUAAACAUUUUGAUGUGGGUGAGAUUUUGAAGCAAGAAAAAGUUGCCAUUCCAUCGAAUAUACUUAUGCCGGAGCUUCACAGUCAGCUGGCACAGCUGGGUGCUGAAACGUUGGUGGAAUGUGUGGGCAAUUUGGACUACUAUUAUAACAAUCUUAAAUUGCAAGACGAUAGCGCUGCAACUUACGCUCCUAAAAUAGAUGCCAAAUUCGCCGAGGUUCGAUGGUCGGAACUGACCGCUCAACAGGUGUAUGAUCUGUACCGUUCACUGUAUUCAUAUAAGCCUUUGACUACUCGUUUUACGAGUAGUUCGGAUGAAACGAUUAAAUUGUUCAAGUUAGUUUACGACGACCACGUUUCCGUCGAAGAUAGCAGCUCAAAGACAGUCCCUGGACAGGUACAGUAUUGUCGCUUGAGGAAACGGUUACGUGUGUGGUGCUAUGAUGGUAAGUCGGUUGAAGUUGAACAGCUGGGGAUUGGCGGUCGAAAAGUGUUAAGUGCAGCCGAGUUUUACAAUGGUUAUCUUAGCAAAGUGAAACCGGCCCAGAGGUUGUUCGGAACUGGAAUGCUGGGGCUGAGUACUAAAGAUACGAAUUGAAAAAAAUCCGUAAUGCCUAUUUUAUAU